AAGUCAGUUAUGCCUACUUCAUUAUGUAAUCACGCGGCAUUGCAUUAGGAGCUGCCUAAUUUGGGUGCCACCUUGACCACACUUCUCUGCCUGUGCUCCAGCGAACCAGGGCAUAGAGUCUGACACUAACUAGGUCGUUUUCAGCUUGGCUAGAUGGGAGACAAAGGUUCCUCCAUAGAUCCAGUAGCCAGCUGCACAUUGCGCAUGGAAGACCCUCCCGCUCGAUCACCCCGCAUUCGGCUUCCGGACAGGUUCCUCACAUCUCGGUCUCAUGGAGGGUCUUCUGGGUCAUCCUUCCCGUCUUCUUUGCAGGAACCUAUUUCAUUUUCAAGGUUGGAUGUGCUUGACCCGGUGGGUUUGAAUGAGUCCAGGCGACGUGCUCAAUCGUUUGGCUUGGAGUCCAAUGAACACGAACGAAACACCGUGAAGAAACCUUCCGUGCGUUACGGAUCACGCAGGAGGUCAAAGCGUGCCAGCCAGGGUCCUCGAUGGUCGGGUUUAAUGGAAGAGUCACUGAUGCCCGACUUCCAGCCCGGCGCCUUCUCGGAUGAGUACGACCUGUAUCCCAAGAUUUUACAAGAUGUACAGAGAGCUCUGCAGUUGCAGUCGCGACGCAGAGAUCGCAGGUCAUAUCAGGCUAGGCCCUCAGACGACGACACAUCACAAUUGACCAACGUUGUUGAUUCCUUCACUGCCCGUCCGUCCAGCUCUUCGACAACACCAAUGGAACAGUCCACAUCCGAUCAUCUACUGGUUACUCCGCUGCAAUCGGCCGUAGACUUUAGUCCACUUACGAAGUCGGUCCCUCUCCAUCCUGUCCCUCUAUCCUCUAACGGAGGGGCUACUCUUGACUGGGCUGGUUCACAGUCUGAAGAUGAAAAGUUGGACAAGCUAUGGCCAAUACACAAGGGUAGGCGUAAGGGAAAGGAGAAGGUACCACCCGCAAAUCGAGCAUUCAUUGAAAAGCAAGAAGCACUCUUCAUAGACAGGAUUGCCAGAAUCAGAGCAGAGGCAUCUGCAACGACAGUUCGGAAAGCAGUUAUUGUGAAAGAGCAGCUUGGUCGCCAGUAUAAUGUGGUGUUCAGUUCAAUUGCCAACGGACUCACUAUCAACUUGGCCGAGGUGCUUGAUAUGCGGGCCUGGUUAGAUGGUGCUGAGCCUUUGACGUGGCUGAAGCAUCUGUUAGAUAAUCGGGGGAAUGACCAUGUAAGAUGGCGCGUGUCAGCUCUCCUUAUGGAAGAGUAUGCAAGGUUCAAGAAGGGCGCAGGCCACGGACACCCUUCUCCUAUUGUUGGCUCAACGGUGUCAUCCCCGUCGUUCCCUCGUAUCUCUCACCUCACAUUGCAAAGUCACCUAUCUCAAUCACGGCUUCGUCAGACGCCUCCCCCAGUACUUCCUGCCAGCAAGGCUCGCUUACCAGAGAGUCAUAUAUCGUUUAGUCCGCUCGUGGCAAACUCUCGCGACUCUAUCGACGACUCUCAAGGUCAUGGACAUGCAAGGGUCAAGGGCUGGCGACGGUCCUUACCCACAUUUAUCGAAGGCGCAAGUGCCCGUGUUAAUCCCUUCCCAUAUAGCGCUGUCACACCACCAGGAAGCCUCUCUCCCGCGAGCAGCCAUUUCGGCUUCCGCGACGCCGUUCGCCGCUUCCCUGAAGAGGGGUCUUCUUCAGCCCAUGGCUCUCAAUCUGAGGAUCAAAAUGAUUCUUCUCUUGAUGCAUCUCGAUUAAACCCUAGGCAGAAGCGCGAGCCCCGUUUUCUACUUCGCAGAGUCCAACCAUCCCGGCCACCAUCACCAGGGAUGAACGAUAGAGGGGGACCCUCUGAUCCGCCAUCGCCUGUCGCGUCGAGAGCCGAAAUCGAAGGUCAUAUACAGAACGACACUGUCAAUCCUGAGGCAUUACCCUCGAAGAGUGCAAUUGUGGAUAAGGGAGACUCGACCCUCUCUGGCGAUGCCCCUCCCAAGCCUUCAUAUCGCAGUAUAUCGUUACCGCUUGGUAAUUGUAUGCCCUUCAAGCCGGCCUCAGAGAACGACGAAGGCAAACUAGAGGCGGAGUAUGGCCUUAGAUGGAGGAUACUUGAGGAGUUGAAGGGUCACAAUCAUAGGCUCCGUCAUAGGCUGCAGAGGGUAGCAGCCGAUAUCCGCGAAUACGAGAUUCUUUGUUCAAAUGCACUGCCUACCCUCGGAAUUUCGUACCGUAGUCUCCCUCCAGAGCUCCUCGAUGCCAUUGGCCAUGACCCUUCCUCGGUAACCGGCGGAACCCGUAAAUAUCGAGGUUGGCAGGCUGUUGAGGAUGUCCACGAUCGUGUCACACGUCAGCGUGAGAUUAUCAGGCUGUUUCUAUCCACAACGGGUGAAGAUGCCCUUGCUAUUCCCGACAUCUUAGACAAGCCCAUCACGCUGUUGAUGGAAAAGCUUCAGGCAAUCCAGCGGGCGCAACAACCUCUGAACGAGAAGGCUGAUGAUGUUAACAAGAUACUUGCGGAGGUCAGAUCGAUUCACGCGACCGUUAAAAGGGAGUACAACGAGGCAGUUUCGCACACCUCAGUCGUCUAUCCAGAGUUAUCCCAUGUUGUCGCCCUGGUAGAAAAGUACCAAGACCAGUACCAACAGAUCUGGGAGUUCGGCAUGGACGUGUUAACGUUCGUCCUGGAUACAAUUACACCUUUCUGGAGAAACUAUGGAAAGACUAUCAUGGAAGAUAUCCAAGACUUUCUUAUCAUCCCUUGGUACCGGAAUGAAUUCACUGGAGAGCCCAAGCGUUACCCAGUGGAGUCCUUUCCUCGUCGAUCUGUACGCCACUGGUUCUCUUUCUUGGGGCUGUUUGCUUUUAUUAUCUUGAUUGCUUUCCUCCAAGCACGCGCCGCAAUUACCUCCACAUGGCAUUACAGGCUACUCUGGAUUGAUAACCAUGGGGUUCGGUGGGCGAUUCUACCACUCUUUUGGGUUGCAAUUGUCAUCCAGUGGGUUGCUGUUAUCAUCGAACUUUGCAUCGUCUUCUUGCAGGCUGCUGUCGUCUCGUGGUGGCUAGGUUGGCUUGUUGGGCUCUGCACGUAACUUCCCCAUGCUUCUAAGUUUCAUCCCAUGCAUUCAUUAGUAUACCUUUAACUUGCGUCAUAAUCGUACAUCAUACACGAUACCAUCAACUCUAUUUAUAUAUUCAGAUCAUCA